CACGGCCUCACCAAACAUAAAGCUAUUAUAAGAAAAGAAGAACGGAAUUUCGAGAUGCAAGCUUUGAUAGCACUGGAACCUUUUGGUCUUCAGACUCACUACAUGUCAAGCUUGAAUACAGAAACGGCAAAGCUUGAAUACAUCUCAAUAAAAUGGAAGCUAUUCACUACUAUUUUAUUUAUUUAUUUAUUUAUUCUGAAAUAAAAAAGAAAAAGAAGUCGUACUGCAGAAAAAUCUUAUCAAAUUAAGGCACUACUUUUCUACGUCAAUAGUCAACUUUUUUAAUUGUGUUCUUUCUCCGAAAAAUUCAUGUUAAUAAUGUUCAUUGUUUCUCUGUCUCUCUCUCUCUCUUUAUAUUUAUUUCUUCUUUCCUCAAGUAAUAUCAACACCAAUCCAUUUGUUCCUCAAGUUCGAAGAUUAGAAUGAUAAGUCCCACCGUAAUGGCAACGUUAGGUACUCACCUUGUCUUCUUCUUAGUUAUCUUCCAUGAUUCCAUGGCAACAGACACUUUGAACCCUAAUCAGCCUCUCCACGAUGGCCAAGUCAUAGUCUCAGCCAAAGAAACCUUUGCCUUAGGCUUCUUCAGCCCUGGCGAAUCAAAAAACAGAUACGUUGGGAUUUGGUACCACAAACUAUCAGGAGGCCAGGCAACAACAGUAGUAUGGGUUGCCAACCGUCGAGGUCCAUUAUCAGGCACCAACGGAAGCUUGGAACUGAAUAUUAAUGGCACUCUCACCAUCAACUCCAUGAUGUUCUUGCCCAUGUCCACAGUAUCCCUCACCAAUCCAGUGGCACAACUCUUAGAUGAUGGCAACUUUGUUAUCAGAGAAGCCAACAGCAGCGAGUUCUCUUGGCAGAGCUUUGACUACCCCACAGACACCUUUCUCUCCGGCAUGAAACUUGGAUGGAACUUGAGAAUUGGUCUGAACCGCAAUCUGACAUCUUGGAAGAGCAAAGACGAUCCAUCUCCAGGUAACAACGUCCUAUCCAUUGACCUCGAAAGGAUUCCUCAAGUCAAUUUAUGGUCUGGUUCAACUAAAAAAUGGCGCUCUGGACCAUGGACUGGUAUCAAGUUCAGCAACCUAGAAGAACAGCCGCGCACCUAUGGCCUAAGUUUUGGUUUUGUUAACAACAAAGACGAGGUUUACUACAUGUUUAACACAACAACGAGCACACAGAUUAUGUGUCGUUCAAUAGUGGACCAAUCCGGAAUGACAAAAAGUUUUGUGUGGAUUGAGAGCACUGGCACGUGGAAUAACAUGAUGAACUACCCCAUGAACGAGUGCCAAGAGUACUCAAGAUGCGGCCCUUACGGUGUGUGCGACAUUGAUGUCUGGCCCAUAUGCAGGUGCUUGCAAGGGUUCAAGUCAAAAUCAAUGCAGGAGUGGCCUCUCAUGAAUGCCUCAUCUGGUUGUGAUCGCCUCACAACGUUGGACUGCAAGAGUAGUAGCUCUGAUGGGUUUAUGACUGUCACCCUUGCGGCGCUGCCAGAAACAUCAAACGCCAUGGUAUACACAAACAUUAGCCAGGAUGAAUGCAGAGGUAGGUGUUUGAAUAAUUGCUCGUGCACAGCCUAUGUCACAGCCAACAUUAGUAGUGCAGGAUUUGGGUGCGUUAUUUGGGUGACGGAGCUCAUAGACUUGAGAAUGUCUACUCAUCCUACACAGGAUGUCUUUGUCCGGCUUGCCGCUGCUGAUCUAGCCUCAAUCUCAAACAAGGCAAGUAAGAAAAGUCAAUCCAAAUCAAUGGUUUGGAUCAUAGUUUUCUCAAUGGUGGCUUUGAUAAUUCCAUUAAUAUACUUCUGUUCAUGGGGAAAGAAGAAGAUGGUACACAAAGAUGUUAGAGGAAAUGGUGAAUUUGAACUAGCACAACUUCAAUGGAGUACUCUAAUGGAGGCUACGCACAACUUUGCCAAGACAAACAUUCUAGGAAAAGGUGGUUUUGGCCUUGUCUAUAAGGGGAAGUUAGCCGAGGGAAGUGAAAUAGCGGUUAAGAGACUCUCAAGGAAUUCAACACAAGGCAUUGAUGAGUUUGAAAAUGAGGUUACUUUUAUUGCAAAGCUUCAACACCGUAACCUUGUGCGACUUUUAGGAUACUGCAUUAAAGAAGAUGAAAAGAUUCUUGUCUACGAGUAUAUGCCCAAUGGAAGCUUGGAUGCAUUUCUAUUUGAUAAAGAAAAAGGAGAUCAUUUGGACUGGCAGACACGUUUCCAUAUCAUUGAAGGCAUUGCUCGAGGUCUUUUAUAUCUUCAUCAAGACUCAAGAUUAAGAAUCAUACAUAGGGAUCUCAAAGCAAGUAACAUCCUUCUAGACAUUGAAAUGAAUCCUAAAAUCUCAGACUUUGGUUUAGCCAGAAAUUUUGGAGAUCGUGAAACAAUUAUCAAGACAAGAAAAGUAGUGGGUACAUAUGGAUAUAUGGCCCCGGAGUAUGCACUGGAUGGAGUUUUUUCAAUAAAGUCAGAUGUGUUUAGCUUUGGAGUAUUAAUCUUGGAAAUCAUAAGUGGCCAAAGAAACAGGAUUUUCCUCUCAAGUCCACACCUUUACCUUCUUGGGAAAGCUUGGAGAUUAUGGAAUGAAGGGAAGGUUUUGGAUUUAUUAGAUCCAUUAAUUGGCAACUCAUUUUCAAUGACUCAAGUUAUGAGAUGUAUAAAUAUAGGUCUCUUGUGUGUUCAAGAAAAGCCGGAAGAUAGACCAAUCAUGUCAUCAGUAGUUAUCAUGCUAGGCAACGAUGAUGCCCCAUUACUAGAGCCUAAAGAACCGGGGUUUAAAGCUAUUUUUUCCACUAAACAUGAUGCAGAUUUAAAUCAGAAUGAGUUGCAUACUUUUAAUGAUAUCACACUUACAGAGCAAACAGGUAGAUAGCAUCAUUAAAAAAAUAUAUAUAUCUAAAUACCCAUUUUUAUUGUAUUAAUUUAAAUUGUGUAUACAAUAUAUUCUCAUAAUAUCUUGUACGCUUGGAGAUUUCUUUC